AUGAUUGAUGGUUUAGGUGAUGUGGAUGAUGAUGAUGGUAUUGGUUUCGAAGUUGGUGAAGAUGAAAAUGAUGUUGUUAACAAUGUUGGUGAAGAAGAUGAAGAUAGUGAUGAUGAUGUUGAUGUUGAAAAUGAUGGUAAAGAUGUUGAUGAAGAAGAUGAAGAUAGUGAUGAUGAUGUUGAUGUUAAAAAUGAUGGUAACGAUGAUGGGUACUCCUGCACUUUAGUCACACCAUCAAUGAUAUAUAUAUGAACAGAACGAGAAAAAAAAUCGAUUGGUUAGCGCAUAACCAGCAAGUAAAAGGAAGAAAAUAAAAUAUAGAUGUCAGAUAAGAACGAAAGACAUUUAUUAAGAAAAAAAUAAUUCAAUUAUUGAAGAGGAUAGUUUUCAAAAAUUUGUAAAAUUAAAGUUUUUAACGGUUUAUCGCC